CGCCUGCGCACAGCGCGCUCUCGCCAGAGGAGCUGCAGUCUCGGGAGCGCACAGGCGGUGUUUCGAUAAUCUCUGACCAGCCUCUCCUGCGAACCCGGCGUCAUUGGACUGUACCCCGGGUGGGGACGUCCGCCGAGCACGGGAGGAAGCAACGAUGCCGAUCAAUAAAUCAGAGAAGCCGGAAAGCUGCGAUAAUGUGAAGGUGGUGGUUAGGUGCCGGCCCCUCAAUGACAGAGAGAAGUCAAUGUGCUACAAACAGGCUGUCAGUGUGGAUGAGAUGAGGGGAACUAUCACUGUACAUAAGACUGAUUCUUCCAAUGAACCUCCAAAGACAUUUACUUUUGAUACUGUUUUUGGACCAGAGAGUAAACAGCUAGAUGUUUAUAACUUAACUGCCAGACCUAUUAUUGAUUCUGUUCUUGAAGGCUACAAUGGGACUAUUUUUGCAUAUGGACAAACUGGAACAGGUAAAACUUUUACCAUGGAAGGUGUUCGAGCUGUUCCUGAACUUAGAGGAAUCAUUCCAAAUUCAUUUGCUCACAUAUUUGGUCAUAUUGCAAAAGCAGAGGGUGAUACAAGAUUUUUGGUUCGAGUGUCUUAUUUGGAAAUAUAUAAUGAAGAAGUUCGUGACCUUUUGGGCAAGGAUCAGACACAGAGGUUAGAGGUUAAAGAAAGACCUGAUGUGGGAGUUUAUAUCAAGGAUUUAUCAGCUUAUGUGGUAAAUAAUGCUGAUGAUAUGGAUAGAAUUAUGACACUGGGCCACAAAAAUCGUUCUGUUGGUGCAACUAAUAUGAAUGAACAUAGUUCCCGUUCCCAUGCCAUCUUUACAAUUACUAUAGAAUGCAGUGAAAAAGGCGUUGAUGGUAACAUGCAUGUCAGGAUGGGGAAGCUCCACCUUGUAGAUCUUGCUGGUUCAGAAAGGCAAGCAAAAACUGGAGCUACUGGGCAGCGCCUGAAAGAAGCUACAAAAAUCAAUCUUUCACUUUCUACCCUUGGUAAUGUUAUUUCUGCCUUGGUUGAUGGAAAAAGCACUCAUGUGCCUUAUCGUAACUCUAAAUUGACUCGUCUUCUUCAGGAUUCCUUAGGAGGAAAUUCAAAAACCAUGAUGUGUGCAAAUAUUGGACCAGCAGAUUACAAUUAUGAUGAAACCAUCAGUACAUUGCGGUAUGCUAAUCGUGCUAAGAAUAUUAAAAAUAAAGCUAGAAUUAAUGAAGAUCCAAAGGAUGCUUUGCUUCGUCAGUUUCAGAAAGAAAUAGAAGAACUGAAAAAAAAGCUUGAAGAAGGGGAAGAAAUAUCAGGCUCUGAUAUCAGUGGGUCAGAGGAGGAUGAUGAUGAAGAGGGUGAGGUUGGAGAAGAUGGAGAGAAAAGGAAAAAAAGAAGGGAUCAAGCAGGUAAAAAGAAAGUUUCCCCAGAUAAAAUGGUUGAAAUGCAAGCAAAAAUUGAUGAGGAGAGAAAAGCACUUGAAACAAAGCUUGACAUGGAAGAAGAAGAAAGAAACAAGGCUAGAGCUGAGUUAGAGAAACGGGAAAAAGAUCUUCUUAAGGCCCAACAAGAGCAUCAGUCUUUGCUAGAGAAAUUAUCUGCACUGGAGAAGAAGGUAAUUGUUGGUGGUGUUGAUUUGUUGGCAAAAGCUGAGGAACAAGAGAAACUUCUUGAAGAAUCCAACAUGGAACUGGAAGAAAGGAGGAAAAGAGCAGAGCAACUUCGCAGAGAACUUGAGGAAAAGGAGCAAGAACGCUUGGAUAUUGAAGAAAAGUAUACCAGUUUGCAAGAAGAAGCUCAAGGAAAGACCAAGAAAUUAAAGAAAGUUUGGACUAUGCUGAUGGCUGCGAAGUCAGAGAUGGCUGAUCUCCAACAGGAACAUCAGAGGGAAAUUGAAGGCCUCUUGGAGAACAUUCGACAACUUAGCCGGGAGCUUCGACUUCAGAUGCUUAUUAUUGAUAACUUUAUACCUCAGGAUUAUCAGGAAAUGAUUGAAAACUAUGUCCAUUGGAAUGAAGACAUAGGGGAAUGGCAACUAAAAUGUGUUGCCUACACCGGAAAUAACAUGAGAAAGCAGACUCCAGUUCCUGAUAAAAAGGAGAAAGACCCCUUUGAAGUGGACCUUUCCCAUGUGUAUCUUGCCUAUACUGAGGAGAGCCUACGGCAGUCCUUGAUGAAAUUAGAGAGGCCACGGACUUCAAAGGGGAAAGCAAGGCCAAAGACAGGGAGAAGAAAGCGUUCUGCAAAGCCUGAAACUGUAAUUGACUCUUUACUUCAGUAAAUGUUACAGACUUUAAGUCAGAAUAAAAAUUAGUGAUAUCCUCAUGCCUGGACAAAACCUUUAAUUAAAACACUGAAGACUUUUGUGUUAUUUCAAAUAAUGGAAGCUGUAGAUCAUGAAGUAAGACUGGAACUAAUAAUUUGCCUAAUAACUUUUAGUCUAUAUAUAUUAAGUUAAUAUAACAUUAAAAUUGUACAACUGGUAAUUGUUCAAAUUGUCAUAUUAGUUUUCAACUUAUACUGUGCAGGGAAGUUGAGAGAGCAGCUUAUACUAUAGAGAGUUGCAGUUUAAAUGUAUACAUAAAUCUGCUAGUGAUUUACUCAACUACUGUAUAUUUAGAUAACCGGAUAUUCAAAAUAGAAAAAACAAUAAUGUAAGUCCUGUUUUGCACAUAGAAAGUUGCAGGUCUAAUUGUCCUAUGUUUUCCUGUUAUAUAUGAAUGUAUGGGCUGCAAAUCUAAGAAAUGAUUCUAUCCUAACACCCACCUGGCCUUUUAAAAUAUGUUCUAAUUUUUAUACUAACAUUCAUUGCAUUUAAAAUAUGAGAUGGGUGAUCUUAUUGAUCUGUAGAAAAUUUUAUAAUUCGAUAGUCAAUCUUUAGAAGUAUACAUGUUUAAAAAACAAAAGUUGAAGAUAUGUUUCAUCUGGACCUCUCUUGAUUUUUUUUUUGCCUCUUUGACUUCAAGUCAAAUUUUUUGUUUGUUUGUUUUUGUUUCAUGUUUCUUGAAACAUUGAAUCUGUACCUGAAUAUAUAGGAGUCACAGCUGCAGAAAAUUAAGAAGCUAAAUACUGGUCACUAAUAUUUGCCUCUAUGGGUACUAUUUUUUUUAAUUCACUUUGAAACAUGAUUAACUGAUGCUUUCCUGUGUCUGAGUUCUAAAUUUUGAUGAAAAUUGCUCUGUUUCUCCCAACUGAGAAAGGUCUCCAUUUUCUAGAAAAUACAGACAAAGCAAGAAAAAUAUCUUUUAAUUCUUUGCCUUUAAAACACUUUGUUUUGUCUUUCUUCUUAUUUUAUAAAGAAAAUAUUCUUCCCUGAA